GUUUGCGGGUCAGCUAUGGAGGAGGAGUGCGCGUAGGUCAGAGCCGAGUCGUGCGACUGAUUUUGAGCGAGCGAUUUGCUUACGCCUUUCCAGAAUCGACGUUCAUUUAAUCUGUAAUAGUCGGAGGCGUCUGCGGCGCUGCGAGGCUCCGAUCUACUGCCGUUGUCGCCGGUAAUCAUUGCUUGACGAAUUAAGGUCUUGGUCAUUGGAUCGAUCGCUCCCUUUUAUCGCCGUCUUUCCUCUCUGAGAAACCAUGCAGUUCUUUGGUGGCUCAGAGAUUAGCCCUUCGCCUACUGUCCCGACAGCAACGGGAAACAAUGUGAAUAUGAUGUAUAUUUUCAAUAGGAAUGGAGUUUGCUUGUUCUACAGGGAGUGGAAUCGGCCUCUCCGGACAUUGAAUCCCCAGCAAGACCACAAACUUAUGUUUGGUUUGCUCUUCUCUCUCAAAUCCUUUACUGCUAAGAUGGACCCAACCAGUGCUGAUAAAGGCAAUCUUGGUGUGCCUCAGUUACCUGGCCAAGGUUGUUCGUUUCACAGUUUUCGUACGAAUACCUACAAGCUCAGUUUUACUGAAACUCCAUCUGGGAUAAAGAUUAUCCUGGUUACCCAUCCUAGAACCGGUGAUCUGAGGGACUCGUUGAAGUACAUCUACAACUUGUAUGUUGAAUAUGUUGUGAAAAAUCCUCUCUACAGUCCGGGAACCCCAAUCAGGUGUGAGCUAUUCAGUACAAGUCUUGACCAAUAUGUAAGGACUAUAUUAUAGAAAUCAAAGUUCCAGGCGAUUAAAAUGCCUACCUGGGAUUUUCUCUUUGUAUUCCAUCGCUUGGAAUGAGAGUGUACCGGUAUAAAUUCUUCUAGUGUACCUUUUUCUGUUAUUCUAUUUCCCUGCAUUUUGUGGUAACUUCUCUGUGAUAGUGGCGGAAGAAAAAAAGACUCUAGUACAAACGUUUGCUGCCCAUGUAUGAUUUGUAGUAGUGCAUUUGUAUUUCUUUUUUCGUAUACAUUCGUACCAUACAUUAGGUACAAAAAAUGUGAAAGGUCUUAAACGGGAAAGUAUUAUGUUCAAUGACCUUCUUAACCUC